AGCUAUGCAGCUGCAAACACUCCUGCACUGCCUGGACUGCAUUAGGACCUUCCUCUCACGUUGUGAAGCCAGCAAGAAAACCAGGAUUGAUCUACCCUGAGCUCUCACCUCUCCUGUUGAGGACACCGAGUUCACCCAACUUUAAAAAUACACCCUCAAAACAAACCCACAGAAGCUUAGGGCUUUGCUGGCCAGUCUGACAGCCUGUGGUGUCUACUUGCUGGGUCUCUGUGUCACUUAGUCCCACUGAGUGAGUGUCCACAGGUGAAGAUGAACAGUGGGAUUCUCUUCUUGUCCUUCUUUGGCUUUCUCCCACAUGUGAUACCAACGUGCCCUGAGUCAUGCAAGUGUGCCACAAACAUUAUCGACUGCACAUCGAAAGGCCUAACCACAACAAAACUGCCAGCUGCCUUCCGCCCAUCAGUUGAAGUUAUCCAUCUUGGUUACAACAUGCUCACUUCUAUUCCUAAAGGGCUCUUUGACAACCUGAAGAGUCUCCAGGCAGUCCACCUGCAAGGAAACCCUUGGGAAUGCAACUGUGACAUCCUCUACUUGCGCUCCUGGCUCCACUGGCAGCAGAACCGCACCUUUUACAGGGAUGUGAAAUGUACCUCCCCGGCUCACCUGCAGGACCGAAUCAUUGCCUAUCUGACAGAAGAUGAGAUCAUCUCCACGUGCCAGUACUGGUACUGCAGCCUAGCUUUCUUCUCGCAGCUCUGUCUCUUCAUCCUGCUUGUACUCCAGGCGAUCCUGGUCAUCUUCAUCAUCAUCUACCUGCAGAGAUUUCGGAGAAUGACUGCUGAAGCCCAGAGCACUACCCCAGAUCUAAACCAGCAUGUAGAUGCUGGGGCAUCUUCAAGAAGCCCCUAUGACAGUGAUUAACAUCACAAGAGCUUUCAGCCCCAUGCUUCUGGUAUGUGCAGGAGCAAGGACCCCCAAGCCCCUUUGGACAUUGCUGUGCCCAAGCCAUGUGGUUUGUGAUGCCUGGAGGGGACCACUCAAUGCAGCAUCUGGUCCUGCCUGCAGUCCAGAGCAGGACUUAAAACCAAUCAGAUACUUGCUUUAUUCCUAAAGAGCCAAUCUUGUACUUUUUAAUGCUUUAAGUUUGCCCUAGAGCCAGGAGUCACCUAGACUAAAGGCUCUCUCCAACCCUGUUUGUGCAGCACCUGGCACACAGGGAAUCUGACCUCAGUCGCAGCCUCUAACUGCAAAACCAGUCACGUGCCUCCUGCUAGUUACUAUGUCCCUUAAGAAUUUUUGGAACAAAGCAAAAUCAAAAUAAACUAAUGAUUAAUGAUGA